CAACUUUGAACAAAUGGAAGUUUUGUGGAAGUUUCAGAAAAUAUUUGUAUAUAUAUAAGCAACACCAAGUCAACUCAGAAAGAAUAUCAAGAGUGGAAAAAUGGGAGAAGAAAACAAAGUAACUCUACAUGGAAUGUGGCUUAGCCCUUAUGUGAAGAGAGUAGAACUGGCUCUCAAAGUCAAAGGUAUACCUUUUGAGUAUAUAGAAGAAGAUCUGAGCAACAAAAGUCCAUUGCUACUCAAAUACAACCCUAUUCACAAGAAAGUCCCCGUUCUUGUUCACAAUGAGGAACCAGUAAACGAGUCCCUUGUCAUUCUUGAAUACAUCGACGAAACAUGGAAGAAUGGACCUCGACUCUUGCCAGAAGAUCCUUAUGAAAGAUCCAAAGUCCGAUUCUGGGCUGCUUAUAUUCAACAGGUGAUGGAGUGCAUGCUCAAGAUAUUCACAGCGGAAGACCAAGAAAAAGCCUGUGAGGAAUUUUAUGAGAAACUAGACGUGCUUGAGGAUGGAAUGAAGAAAAUGUUUCCAUGGGGCAGUCCUAAGAUUGAAGUGGGGAACAUAGGGCUCCUAGACAUCUUAAUCCUCGUAGCAUUUGGCGCAUGUAAAGCACAAGAGGAAGUGUUUGGAGUGAAAUUUUUGGAUCCACAGAAGGCUCCCCUGAUACACUCAUGGGUUAACACUCUACUUGAACUGGCUGUCCUUAAAGAAACUGUUCCCCCUCGUGACAAGGUGGUAUCGUUUCUUCGAGCUUUCAAAGAAAGAAGCGCUAGUGCUCAGGCUCAGUGAGCUUCUGUUUUCUUCCUACUGUGUUUGUACUAGUGCCAAAAGUUUCUCAUGGUUUCAUGUAAUUCUGCUGUGUAAUAAGGCUUAUGGCCAUCCGAUUUCUGUAGGCUGCUUUCAUCUGGUUGAAAUUUGAAGUACAUUGCUGAUAAGCACAUCUGCUA